UUCAAUCUCAUACUGUACCAGUCAUCACUUCAAAGAAGAAAAAUUUUACUGGUGCCACCAAAACUACAUGACGGAACUAGCGAAAUAGUGAUUGGGUCACCUGUUUGCUACGUUGACGCCACAGGAAGAUCUCUGCGCCAUACUUUCAAGAAGGUCCUCCGAUCCUCCUACUCUGUUCUCACUAAAAGUUUCAUCGUUGUGUCAACCGGUCUGCGUUGAGUUCUUAUUGUUUGUUGCGACAACAAAAACAAACACCAUGAAGCUUUCCGUUCUAUUCUCAAGCGCCCUUGCCAUCCUUCCCUCCGUGUUGGCCGCAGAUGGGAAUCUUGUCGAGGUAUGGCUCGAGGCCAAAGUUGCCGACGUCGAGGUGGGAAAUGGAGGUCCCACGCUCAUGGCUGCCAAGACGUUCAACGGGACAAUUCCCGGACCUCCCAUUGAAGCCAAUGUGGGAGAUACCCUCCGAGUGCACUUUACCAACAAUCUGGACUAUGGAACUACACUCCAUUGGCAUGGCGUGGAAGUCCCCUCUUUGAUGGAUGGCACUCCUCUCUCACAAGAUCUGGUAGAGCCGGGAGAAAAGUUUGUCUACGAAUUUGAUUUGUUACAUGCCAGUACUCACUGGUACCAUACCCAUGUCCACACCUACGAAGACACGGCAUCGGGUCUGUACGGGGCAUUGCUGAUUCGAGACCCGGAACUCGACGCCGAACUUCCCCAAGAGGACCACACUCUCAUUUUGGACGAUCUCCUCUUGAACGAGGCACAAACCGGCCUUGUACCCUUCUUGGGAGAUCCCGCCAUUACACCGCUGGUCCGAGCCGAACAGUUGCUCAAUGGACGUUAUGGAAAUCUACUGGUCGUCAAUAAUAAUUUGACACCCGUCCAACAAUCCACGGGAGUGCCCAUGCGCCUGCGACUCAUCAAUGCCGCCAACACGAGAUUCAUGAGGAUUUCCUUUACGGGUGCUCAAAAAGUGUGGAAGAUUGCUGGAGAUGGAGGUCUCUUUGAGACCCCCGUGGAAAUUCUACCCAUUGACACUAUUACCGAUGGUCAAGGCAUGGAAGUGUCCAAUCCCGAUCCUUCAUUGGGAUUACUGCUCACCCCGGGAGAACGCGCCGAGGUCGUCUUGGCACCCACCGAAUCCAUCAACAUGGAAUGGCACGAUUUGCCGGUUGGAUUUCACGAUGUGUAUGAAGGAUUGGAUGCCGAUACCAAUGAGACCGUCAUCAAAGCCAACCACGAAGAUCCCAUUGACGGCAAACGCCCCAAACAGGUCUUGAUGGAGUUUGUGGUGGACGCAGCCGCCGCCGAAACCACCUACGAACCACCGUCGGGAUUGGUCACGAUUGACCCCGUGGUGCCCUCCAACACGGAACCGCUGGAUGUGGUCUUUGGACACGGCGGUGCCGACUUGGUAGGAGAUGUGCCCUUUUAUGGGCAGGUUGAUGGAGAUGGCAACAAGCUGGCUUUUGCGGAUAUUACCCCGGAGAUUGCCCAUAAAGUCAUGGUCGGCGAGGAACGAUUCAUUGACGUGGCCAAUGCCGAUGGGUACGAUCACAAUUAUCAUUUGCAUGGAUUUUUCUUUCAACCCGUCUCCACCACUUGGAUUUUCAAGAAUGGUACCACCGCCAUGCAACAGGAGGCUCCCUUUGUAGAAUGGAAGGAUACCAUUCAUCUUCCACGUCGCCCGGAAGCGGGUGGAAAGGCAGUGCAGCGACUGGCAGUUCACUUUGGGCGGGCGCAUUCGAAAUACGAGGAGGACAUUUGUGCCAUGGGCAAAGAGUUUGAUUCCAGUGUUCCCAUGAGUGGUGGUUGGCUGAUGCAUUGCCACAUGCUCGAACAUGCCGACUUUGGAAUGCAGACAUACUUGCAGGUGGAUGGCUGUCAUGACGACGGAAAUCAUACUCACGACGGAGAAGACCUCGGAGAAGAGGAAGGAGGUCCUACCUGUGCUGUGGUGGAUGUCAAUGACGAUGACUACUGCCAGAAGUACAUUGAUCGCCUACCAGUCAAUGACAACACCACGUGUGAUUGCUAUAACUUUUGCAAUGGUGAACUGGAUGGUUGCUAUGCCUUUGGGGAAGAGCAAGAAGACUCUGGUUGCGAAGAUUUUCCUCGAAAAGGGUGUAAUGCUUCCCAGGGUGAACCAGGCACAGCUACCUCUGCAGCCACAAGUCUGUGGAAGGUUGCCUUUGGUGCACAGGCUGUCCUAUUGGUUCUAAUGGCAUUCAAUGCCCUGUUCUGAGAGUUCCAUGAUUGAUGUCAUCAUGUGUAACCAAAUGCAUCUGCACUCCGGUGCGUUUGCUGUGAGCACCUAAUUCUCUUUUGUGCUUGGGUUCGUAUGCAUCCAUGGCACUGAGGAAACUGGACGGAGAAAGAACUGCGCUGUGUUUUCUUAAGUUUAUAUACUAAUCGAAUUACCAAAGAAGGUUAACAUAUG